AUGUUAUUAUCAAAACAAAUCCCAGCAUUAUGUGGCCGUCGUGCCACAUUAUCGGCAACUCUGAGUGGAAUGAAAUCGAAUAUAAGGCCUACUAGCAGACAUUUGUCGAAAUCUGCGGUAAACCUCGAAUCUGAGGGUAUGAAGCUUAGCGAAAGUGAGUUACAAGGGUAUAAGACAUAUUACAAAGAAUUACAAGAGACAAUAAGCAAUGUCCCUGAAGAAGUGGCAUUACAAUCUCAACCAUUGGUUACUUUACAUAACAGAUUAGAACUACCACCAAAUUUUGACUUGUCGACAUUGUCUCGGUGUUUGACUUGUAGAUCAUCUAAAUUACCUACUUUUGCAUCAAGUAACGAUAAAAAUAGUACUCGUUUCCAAGCGUUUCCUAAUACAGUGGAAAGUAAUGAUUUGUUCGAUAACCAUGGUUUGAAUAUAUUUGGGAAGAAUAUCCUAGGGUUCCAUAUAACGAAAUAUUUAUUGACGAAAUAUCCAAGAUUACCUACCGUAGUAUUGAAUGCUGCGAUCGAUUCCUAUAUUUCUCAGGAUAUGCUGUCUAAUAUUGCUAGAUCGUGGGGUAUUGAAAAGGAAGAUACAGCUAUCGUAGAGAGAUACUUGGCGAAUGAACCAAUAUCAUUAACCCUUGGUAAAUUAAGAUAUUUUAAUAAUACAUUAGGUAAAAUCGAUGGUAUUGAAAGAUUAAAUAAAGGGAACUUCUCUGAGAAUUCAGCUUUGGCUCUUACUGUGAGAAGUGUAAUAGGUGUCCUGUGGACAAUUAAACCUGAACUUGCAGAGAAGUUCAUAAAUAAACAUAUUAUAUCGAGAAAACUGGACGUCUCUAAAUUGUUCUUAUUCGAACAACCUACAAGAGAACUAGCUAAAUUAUGUGAAAGAGAAGGACUCGAGAAACCAAUAUCAAGAUUGACUGCCGAAUCUGGUAGAUUAUCGAAAGCUCCUGUGUUUAUCGUAGGUGUAUUUUCAGGUGAAGAAAAAUUAGGAGAAGGGUUUGGUUCUUCUUUGAAAGAAGCUAAAGCUAGAGCUGCAACUGAUGCAUUAUUGAAAUGGUACUGUUAUGAACCUAUAUUACAAAAGGGACAAGCACCGGUCAUCGACCAUGGUACUGUGAUUGUUUAA